GGCGAAAUCGCGAUGCGUCGGCAUUUUCAUUGAUCUCUCUGCACCAAACAAUCCACACGUUCGUUUACAGCACCCAGUGUACAGCUCCUACAGUCCACGUUCACUUAACACUUUCGCCCAGGACUCACGCGUUCCUCAACUGCCGUAGCACCUAGCAGCAAUCCCUCCAGACCCAGUGUCCCUUCCCCCACCAAUGGAACCCAUGGAGCUCCCUGGGACGCCGACGCCACCGUUGCUCUCGACCGCCCGUGAGCACAUAUGGUUGACGUCAACCAGUACCAAAACUUCUUCUUCAGUCCAACAGCUCGGGAGACGGAGACAGGGAGCAAAUCUCAACGGUCCAAUGACGGCAAUUGUUUUAUAAAGACUGGGCUUGUACUGACUGGGGUCUAUUGACGUCUCUCGCGUCGACUCCGCUCUUGAUAUCAACCCUGAUCCUCUCUCCUCGAUCAUCAGUCUCUCUCCCCCACACCGCGGAUUUCCUAUUUCUUGGCUCUUUCCUCUUUAUCUACCUCUCUUGUCUCCCUCUCCCUCUUCCUCACUCAACUCUUUCUCCAAAAUGGCAAGCAUUGUUCCCGACACCCUCAAGAAAGCAGGAAACGUAGUCAUGGGUCAAUCAAACAAGAAGAACUCUCAGCUUGCUGAGAACAUGGUCGAGCCUAAUCCCAAGGCUCCCAUGACCACCGAUUUUGGCACCAAGAUCGAGAACACGGACGACUGGUUGAGAGUCACCACUGAUAACCAGACCGGUCCCAUGCUUCUCGAGGAUGCCGUUGCGAGAGAAAAGAUCCACCGAUUCGACCACGAGAGAAUUCCCGAGAGAGUCGUCCAUGCCAGGGGUGCUGGUGCUUUCGGUACCUUUAGACUCUUCGAGAGUGCCGCAGAUGUGAGCAAUGCUGGCAUCUUGACCGAUACUUCGCGCGAGACCCCUGUGUUCCUCCGGUUUUCCACCGUUCUCGGUAGCAGAGGUAGUGCCGACACCGUUCGCGAUGUCCGCGGAUUCGCCAUCAAGUUCUACACAGAGGAGGGCAACUGGGACCUUGUUGGAAACAACAUUCCCGUCUUCUUCAUCCAGGACGCCAUGAAGUUCCCCGAUGUUAUCCACGCAGGCAAGCCUGAGCCUCAACUCGAGUUUCCCCAGGCCCAAUCCGCCCACGAUAACUUCUGGGACUUCCAGUAUCUGCACACUGAGGCCACCCACAUGUUCUGUUGGGCUAUGUCUGAUCGCACCAUCCCCCGUUCCUAUAGAAUGAUGCAAGGCUUUGGUGUCAACACAUACACCCUUACCAACGACAAGGGCGAACGCCACUUUGUCAAGUUUCACUUCACCCCCGAGCUUGGCGUCCACUCUCUCGUGUGGGAUGAGGCUCUGAAGCUUGCCGGCCAGGAUCCCGACUUCCACCGAAAGGACUUGGCCGAGGCUAUCGAGAACGGCGCCUAUCCCAAGUGGAAGUUCGGCAUCCAGGUCCUUCCCGAGUCCAAGGAGCAUGACUUCGACUUCGACAUUCUUGACGCCACCAAGGUCUGGCCUGAGGAGCAGAUUCCCAUCCGCUACAUCGGCGAGCUGGAGUUGAACAGAAACCCCGACGAGUACUUCACCCAGACCGAACAGGUCGCUUUCUGCACCAGCCAUGUCGUACCUGGCAUUGGCUUUUCCGACGACCCUCUCCUUCAGGGCCGCAACUUUUCUUACUUCGACACCCAAAUCACUCGUCUCGGCAUCAACUGGCAGGAGCUUCCCAUCAACAAGCCCGUAUGCCCCGUCAUGAACUUCAACCGCGAUGGCCAGCAUCGCCAGACCAUCUCCAAGGGCAACACUAACUAUUGGCCCAACCGCCACGAGGCCGUCCCCCCCGCCAACCACUCCAAUGUCUCUGGUGCUUACGUCGACUUCGCCCAAAAGGUGGAAGGAAUCAAGCAGCGCACCAAGAGCGCCAAGUUCAAGGAGCAUUUCAGCCAGGCACAGCUCUUUUACAACAGUCUGUCCCCCAUCGAGAAGAUGCACGCUACCAACGCCUUCGCGUUCGAGCUUGACCACUGCGAGGACCCCAUUGUCUAUGAGCGCAUGUCGCAGCGCCUUGCUGACAUUGAUCUUGACUUGGCGCAGGCUGUCGCCGAGAUGGUUGGAGGCACCAAGCCUGAGAAGGCUGGUCGCCCCAACCACGGCAACAAGGCCAAGGGUCUCAGCCAGCUGGAGUUUGUGCCCGAGACGCCCACCAUCAAGUCUCGUCGUGUUGCCAUCAUUAUUGCCGAUGGUUACGAUCCUGUUGCCUUCGGUGCUGCCAAGGCUGCCGUCGCAGCUUCCAUGGCCAUCCCUAUGGUAAUUGGCACUCGCCGUUCGGAGAUCUUCCCCGCUGGAGCAUCCAAGACCCCUGGCGAGGGUGCUGUGCCCGCCCACCAUCUCGAGGGUUUUAGGUCUACGAUGGUUGACGCCAUCUUUGUCCCCGGCGGCGAGGAAUCCAUCAAGACACUUACCAAGAACGGCAGAGCUGUGCACUGGGUCCGGGAGGCGUUUGGUCAUCUCAAGGCCAUUGCUGGCACCGGUGAGGCUGUCGACUUCAUCCGUACCGCCAUCACUCUCCCCGAGGUCACUCUGUCCAGCGGCAGCAACGUUGAAUCGAGCUAUGGCGUCGUGACGAUGAGGUCGUUCUCACCCGACAGCCUGAAGGAAACAGUCGAGAUCGUCAAGAACGGUACGGGAUUCUUGGAGCAGUUCUUCCUGACUAUCGCACAGCAUCGUGUGUGGGCUCGUGAGCUCGAUGGUCUGAGCACUCAGCUGGCGUACUGAUUUGAUUAUUAACGUAAUGGAUCGGCUUUGGCGUUGGGAACUGAAGGAAUGAGAAUAUGUACUAUAACGGCCACUUAAUGACUAUUGAAGUAAAGCUUAUGCUCA